AUGGACUCCCCACCACCCAGGGCACCACAAAAGUGCAUCCGAUCAACCCUGCAGGCCAUGGUAGGAAGGCCAGGGAGGCCGGAUUGUCAGACUGGUGCUGAGCGACAAGCUGCCGCUGGGCCCCAUGAGUGGGUGGGAGAGAUGCACCCACCCACCACCGUGUCCAGGCCUUGCAGCGAAGGAGAGCCGGCGCUCAGCCUAGCGCUGGGUGUGACGAUUCAAGCCGGUGGCCAAUGACAGAUCUCAGACGGGGAUCUUGCUGCAUGCCAUCACACGCUACCCAGUGGUGUCCAGCGCCCAUUGCAGCGCAAUUCAGGGAAGACAGCGUGUGAUUGAUCAGUUGUGGAAAUGGGCUUCAAUGAAGAAGAACCAGUUGCUUGAAUCAUGCAUGAAUGUACCCCGGUUGUUCAAUCUCUCAUCACAAAAUCGCAACCGGCGACGGCGCAUACUUGAGGGCGGGAGCUUGGGCCCGGAUGCUGGAGUGUUUGUUCUCAUUGUUGUUCUUUGUUCUUUGUGUGCUAAGCUAGUAGUUAUCUGACAUACUCCGUACAUACUGUACGGUUGGGGUUGCUGGCGCUUCGAUCGAUUCCGGUAGUUCAAAUAGCAGUGGAAUAUCCCC